AUGGCCACCAGGAAUCCAAAAGGUGCACCCAUCGAUCCAGAGUUCUACGAACAACCAUCGACUAUCGAUUGCUUUGAGGAUAUACGACAAGCCUUGAUUGAAGAGCUACAGCAAAAGGACAUUGAAGCGCGCGAUCUCUCUCUCUUGACCUGCCAGCUACAACAAUUCCAGCAAGAUCACUUGGGCUUCAACACCAAAAUCUCCCAUGCACCACCUCGGAUACCCGCCAAACUCUUCAAGUUGCAACCCAAUGUACGCGAGUCCACUGAAUCGCCGUUAUAUACCAUCCUUCUCGCAGCCUAUACACAUCGUGCCAACCACCAAUGGCGGAAAUGGGACUUUGCACCUUCAAAAAAGACAAAGAACGUCGAUCUCAUUCAGUCAAUACGCGACCUGUUGGUGCAAUCAGGAUGGAUUCAAGUACCCAAGGUCGCCUUUUCCAACACUGUCCCUGAAGCCGGUCGUAAGAGCUUAAUGUCAAUGAUCAAAAAGAUGCAAUUGUAUCACUGUGAAGAAGAGCAAGAGGCAACACAUGUAUUGCAUGGUCCAUUACAUCAAUAUGAACCAGGGGAAGAGGAAUGGUUUCGCACACUUGAGAAGCGUGAUCACAACGUAUUAGUGCAUUGGUGGUACUAUCCCGAUUCGUAUGACAGCUGGUUGCCACAAACCGAUCAAUUUGCUGAUCCAGAAGAAGCUCCCGUGCAUCAUGGUGCUUGGCAUAUCGCAACUCGAUGGCUUCAAGAUAGCGUCUUGUUCAACGAAUUGAUGAAUGAAGAGGAUUAUGAGGAAUUGGAUGAGGACGAGGAUGAGGAAGAGGAUGAAGAUGAUGCUGCAGCUUCCACCACAGCUCGCCAAACACCUGCCAGCGAGGAUAACAAUCCACCCAUAUCAAUCAAAACCGAACAACCGGCACCAGAAGUACCAGCUGCACCCUUACCAAUAUUGAAUCCAGGUCAUCAGCCCAUUGUACGCAUUCGUGAUAUUGAAAAGGAACGACCUCAGCUCGGCAGUCGACAAAGGAAAAACGAGUUUGAGCCUUAUAGCAAUGGUGAUAUCACCAACAUCUCCCGAUACACAGCAUCUUAUAUUGAGUUUCCACCAAAAGAGCCAUCACCAAAAAGACAUAAAGCUGAUGAUCCAGACCUUGAUGCAGCUACAGCCAUGCCGUAUGAUUACAACACAUUACCAAUGCCAGAAUGGUUCGAUGAGAACGCCAUCCAUCAAAUCGAGAAGGUGUCUUUUCCAGAAUAUUUCAGUGUUCAAGGCAAGAAGGCGGACAAGUUGGCUCAAGAUUACAUCAAGUACCGCAACUACAUGAUCGACUCUUACCGCAAGAAUCCUGGAUAUCACUUGACCAUCUCUGCUUGUAAGGCUGGCUUAGGGAUCGACCUUGUAGCUGUUGUCAGGAUACACAGCUUCCUUGAACAAGCGGGUAUUAUCAAUCAACAGGUUGAUCCUCGACGACGUACUUUUGAUCCAAUUGUUGAGAGCGAACCAGAUGCACAAAUCACCGAGAAAGGAAGUCAACGUGAUUUUGAUGCAGCCGUCCCUGAUAUCGAUUUCAUGCGUAAGCUCAUCUACGAGGAAAAAGACAGCAAACCAGAGUCACAAUGGGAUGUGGAGAUAUACGACAACGAGAAUCCAGAUCAUAAGACAGUCUUCCAAUGCUCCACCUGCAAGCAAGAUUGUAGUGAUGUGAGGUAUCAGAGCUACAAGUACAAGAACUAUCAGCUAUGUACCGAUUGUUUCCUUGAAGGCAAAUUUACAGCCAACACAUGGAAGGGCGAAUUUGUACGUAUGGAAAAGCCUGAACCAGAGGAAAGCAUGGAGGAUGAUUGGACUGAGGAAGAGACGUUGAGACUCUUGGACGGCAUUGAGCAAUAUGACGAAGAUUGGCUGGCCAUCUCGGAACAUGUUGGUAGUCGCACCAAAGAACAAUGCAUCACGCAAUUUCUUCAACUCCCUAUCACGGAUGAUUUCUUAUCGACAAAAUUAUCAGACAAAGAGCUCGAAGAAUUACCCUUUGGUGAUCAACCCAACCCAAUAAUGACAUUGAUUGCCUAUCUAUCGGGUCACAUCAAUCCAGGCGUUGGAUCAGCUGCUGCCAAACGUGCGAUCAAGGAGCUUAUUGGAGAAAACACGGAUAAAGAUACACAAUCGGAUGCAAUGGAUAUAGACGAUGAAUCAGCAUUCACAAAGGAACAAAUCAAAAAGGCAGCCAUUGGAGCACUUGAAAGUGCCGUGGAGGAAGCAAAGCGACUCGCAUCGUAUGAAUCUGAGGAGAUCCAAAAUUGGACACGAUUAGUGACCAAGACAGCUGUUGAUAAGCUGAUGAUCAAGGUGCAACAAUACGAUGAACAAGAAACCUUUUUGGAAAAUGAGCUCAAGGAAUUGGGAAAGCAAAGCGCAGCAUUGGCCAACUCUCUCGAAGCAUUAACGAAGCAAUAUCCAGCAUCUACCAGCAGCAGUGCCGCUGUCACACCUUCAGCUUCUACACCAUCCAACAAGCAAUGA